CUCAUUCGGUUGAACAAACGGCUGUCGGUUUUUCACCGACGUGGUCGUGACAUGUUCCUGGCAUAAGUUGACACAAUCAGUGUGUCUGCAACUUAUAUCUCCUGUCAGAAUUUACUUUGAGCUGCUGCUCUCACUAAUCUGCCAUGGGAAACUCAACCAGUGCCAGUUCACAAGAGAAAGCCCGUUAUUCGUACGGUAAAGAAACGGAUUCUAAUCGUCGAAUGUUUGAUGCGCUCGAACCGAGCUCUAGCACUCCGUCUGUGAUAUUAUCAUUGACACUGAGAGCAAGGAAAUUACGCGAUAAAGAUGUUUUCUCGAAAAGUGAUCCAAUGUGCGUCGUGUCACAGUUCGUCGGACGACUCACAGGUAAAGGGCAUUGGAAAGAAUGCGGUCGGACCGAACGAUUGCAGAACACCCUCAAUCCUGAAUGGGCUACACCACUUCGAAUUGAGUACUUCUUUGAAGAGAAACAAUCGAUGAAGUUCGAAGUUUACGAUAUUGACUCCGACUCUCCCGAACUCUCCGCCCACGAUUUCCUUGGACGGAUGGAAUGUGAUCUUGCAGAAAUUGUCUCCAAUCGUCCUUUUGUCAAACAGCUCAGUGGUCUGAAAGGCUAUUGCGGUGAGAUAACCAUUUGGAGUGAGGAGAUUGACGAAGGCUCUAAAGAAAACAUUGAAUUUCGUCUGAGCGCUAGGAAACUCGAUAAGAAAGAUUUUUUCGGAAAAUCCGAUCCAUUUCUGAAUAUAUAUCGGUUAGAAGAUGAUGGCAGUCGAGUUCUGGUGUAUCGAACGGAAGCUAUCAUGAAGGAGCUGAAUCCUACGUGGAAACCUUUCGAAAUCAACUCGAAGCUACUUUGUCAUGGUGAUCGAGACAAAUCAUUUCUGAUAGAAUGCUAUGAUUGGGAGCGGGAUGGCAGUUUAAGUCACGACUUUAUCGGAAGCUGUGAAGUGUCACUAAACCAGUUGCUAGCAAAAAAUGCAGUGAAGUCAGUGCCGCUGAUAAAUGAGAAAAAGCAAGCGAAGAAGGGUGCGAAGUACAAAAACUCGGGGACCUUGGAGUUCGACGGAGUACAGGUCCUGAAGCAGCACACCUUCUUGGACUACAUCGCUGGAGGAACUCAACUCGAAUUUGCUGUAGCCGUUGACUUUACUGCUUCAAACGGGGCUGUCCACAAGCCCACUUCCCUUCACUGUAUAAAUCCGACACAACCCAAUCAGUACGAAAUAGCUAUAAGGGCCGUCAUUGACAUCUGUCAGCACUACAACAACAGCAAACUCUUUGAUGCUUUUGGCUUCGGUGCCAUUCUUCCACCGGAAACUCAUGUGUCUCCCAUAUUUUCUUUAAAUUUCGAUGCUAACCCGUCCGUAGUGGGAUUACCCGGCGUGAUGGAGGUUUAUCGAUUCGCUCUUAAUCGAGUGAAGCUUUAUGGACCAACCAAUUUUGCGCCCGUAAUCAAGGAAGUCGCCAAAAAAGCCGCCAGAUUCAAAUUGGAUGGUGCUAGAUAUCAGGUGCUUCUGAUAAUCACCGACGGUGCCAUAUCGGACUUAGCUGCUACGAAAGCGGCAAUUAUCGCUGCUUCUUCUUUUCCGCUUUCCAUCAUUAUUGUUGGUGUUGGCAACGAUGAAUUCGAGAACAUGAACGAGCUGGAUUCAGACGACCGUAUGCUCUCACAUGCGGGGCGGAUAGCCCAGCGCGACAUCGUUCAGUUCGUACCCCUGCGAAACUUCAUUCGUCAAGACUGUACUGGUGCAGAGAGCGAAAGAGUCAUGGGCCUCCUAGCCAAGGAGGUGUUGGCGGAAAUUCCUCUUCAACUAACAUCUUUCAUGAAAAUGAGAAACAUUCUCCCACGUUCACCUGACGAUCCUUUCCCAAAAGAUCCUGAAGCAGUAUACCAACCCAGUAUGCCGCCAAGUAUGCCCUACCCUGUUCAAGCUCCGAGUACUAGCCAACCUAGCCAACCACCACGGCGACCAUCAUACCCUGGAGUGCACAGUGUUCCGCAGCAAUACCCUACGCUUCCACAGGAAGCUUCAGCUCCCUACCCAGGUUAUCCUAGUCCGUUACCUCAGCACUCUCAAGCAAUCGGCUAUCCAUACCCUUUACCAGCACAGCCAGUUCCUUUCCCUCAGCACCAGCCAAUGUACCAGUUCUAUCCCAGCGGACCUCCUCUGUACGCCCCCACUGCCAUGCCCUAUCCCGGCUACCCCCCGAUGUCUACUCCAUCUCAUAUGCCGCAUCCUGUGUAUCUACAACAGGCUGCUCCAAGCUCCAGCGCACCGACAGCCCCUCCCGUGGAUUUGGAUGAGAUCCAACCGGAAAUGGCAACAAAGCAAAUGAGGAAUAUGAGCCUCAGACGAUAAUGACAUUCUUUUCUGCCUUAUCUCGCUUUUAUCAGACUGUCUUUGCAUUCGAUGGGUAUCUUCGUUUACUUUUUCUUUAACAAAUGCCUAGCCAUUGCUACCUGAUCUCGCUGUCACUUGUGUUAAUGCCAAGAAUAAUUAUAUUGUGACAUGAAUGCUACUCACUUCAUUUACAACCUCUUUGUGAAUUUGUGCGUUCAAUGAUUCCAGACACACU